AUGGCGGCGGUGGACAAAGACAUCGCGGAGAAGUUUCUGGACAGCAACCCGGCGUUUGCGAAGAGCUACUACGACUCCAAAUUCCGGGCCCAGGUGAUCGCAGACAUCCUGGGCAGCAAGAAGGCCGAGGUGGACUACAGCACCUUCCACACCCUGAACAGCGUGGAGGAGAGCGAGAUCAUUUUCGAACUGGUGCGCGACCUGCAGGAGAACCUGCAAAUGGAGCGCGCCAUCUUCAAUCUGAUGCGCAACCUGUGCUUCCUGCUGCACGCCGACCGCAUGAGCCUCUUCAUGUACCGGCAGCGCAACGGCACGGCCGAGCUGGCCACGCGCAUCUUCAACGUGCACAAGGACGCCACGCUGGAGGAGUGCCUCGUGCCCCCCGACAGCGAGAUCGUCUACCCGCUCGACACCGGCAUCGUGGGCCACGUGGCCACGGUCAAGAAGAUGGUCAAUGUGCCGGAUGUGACCCAGAGCAGCCACUUCAGCGACUUUGUGGACACGCUCACCGAGUACGAGACCAAGAACGUUCUGGCCACGCCCGUCAUGAACGGCAAGGACAUGGUGGCCGUGAUGAUGGCUGUGAACAAGGUGGACGGGCCGUGCUUCACCAAGAAGGACGAGGAGACGCUGAUGAAGUAUCUGGACUUUGCGAACCUCGUGCUGAGAGUUUUCCACCUCAACUACCUGCACAACUGCGAGACCCGGAGAGGGCAGGUGCUGCUGUGGUCAGCCAGCAAAGUGUUCGAGGAGCUGACGGACAUCGAGCGGCAGUUCCACAAAGCCCUUUACACCGUACGGGCAUUCCUCAACUGCGACCGCUAUUCCGUGGGCCUUCUGGACAUGACCAAGACCAAGGAGUUCUUCGACCUGUGGCCCGUACUGAUGGGGGAAGUGCCCCCUUACGAUGGUCCAAAGACCCCGGACGGCAGGGAAAUUGUGUUUUACAAGUUGAUCGAUUACAUACUACAUGGGAAGGAGGACAUCAAAGUAAUCCCGAACCCACCUGCCGAUCACUGGGCCCUCGUCAGCGGACUGCCCACCUACGUGGCCGAGACUGGACUGAUCUGCAACAUUAUGAACGCUGCGCAAGACGAAUUCUUUGAAUUCCAGAAAGAACCCCUGGACAGUUCAGGCUGGACCAUAAAGAAUGUGCUGUCCCUUCCCAUUGUGAACAAAAAGGAGGAGAUUGUGGGUGUUGCCACCUUUUAUAACAGGAAGGACGGGAAGCCGUUUGACGAAAUGGACGAGACGCUCAUAGAGUCGCUCACUCAGUUCCUGGGGUGGUCGGUUCUGAACACGGACACAUACGAUAAGAUGAACAAGCUGGAAAAUCGCAAGGACAUUUUCCAGGACAUGGUCCUUUACCACGUUAAGUGCAGGAAGGAUGAGAUUCAGAACAUCCUGAACACCCGUGAGGUGUACGACAAGGAACCGAACGAAUGCGAUGAAGAUGAACUUGAGGACAUUCUGGAUGCUGAACUUCCAGAUUCUGAAGACGUUGAGAUCUUCGAGUUCCACUUCUGUGACUUUGAAUUCAGCGAGCUGGACCUGGUCAAGUGCGGUAUCAAGAUGUACUACGAACUGGGCGUGGUGGACAAGUUCCACAUCCCUCGGGAGACGCUAGUACGGUUCGUGUACUCUGUCAGCAAGGGCUACAGGAAGAUCACCUACCACAACUGGAGACACGGGUUCAACGUGGGACAGACCAUGUUCACGCUGCUCAUGACAGGCGACCUGAAGCGGUAUUACACAGACCUGGAGGCCAUGGCCAUGGUAACAGCAGGACUCUGUCAUGAUAUUGACCACAGAGGCACCAACAACCUCUAUCAGAUGAAGUCUGGAAACCCCCUGGCCAAGCUCCAUGGCUCCUCUAUCUUGGAGAGGCACCAUCUGGAUUUUGGAAAGACGCUCCUAAGAGAUGAUGACUUGAAUAUUUAUCAAAACCUGAAUCGGCGUCAGCACGAGCAUGUCAUCCACUUGAUGGACAUCGCCAUCAUAGCGACUGACCUGGCUCUGUACUUCAAGAAAAGAGCAAUGUUUCAGAAGAUCGUGGACCAGUCCAAGAACUACGAUGACUGGGACUCCUGGACAAAGUACAUGAUGCUGGAAACCACAAGAAAGGAGAUUGUAAUGGCCAUGAUGAUGACAGCCUGCGACUUGUCUGCCAUUGCCAAACCCUGGGAGAUCCAGAGCAAGGUGGCGCUCUCAGUGGCAGAAGAGUUUUGGGAGCAGGGUGACCUGGAGAGGACUGUGCUGGAGCAGCAGCCUAUUCCAAUGAUGGACAGGAACAAGGCCGCUGAGUUGCCCAAGCUGCAGUGCGGUUUUAUCGACUUCGUCUGCACAUUUGUCUACAAGGAAUUUUCCCGCUUCCACGUGGAGAUCACACCCAUGCUGGAGCGCCUGCUGAACAACAGAAAGGAGUGGAACGCCCUGAAAGAAGAGCACGAGGCCAAGCUGGCCAAACUGGAGGAGGCCAAGAAGCAAAAGGAAGAGCAGGCAGCCGCCCUCGCUGCGGCAAAGGAGGCAAGCCAACCCCAGGCCCAGUCCAAGACUUGCGUUGUGCAGUAG